CUUCUCUCUUUAAUCUCUUUUUCGCUCUUUGUCAACUGCAAAAACUCUCAAUUAUCUAAUAAAAAAUUGUAGCUUUUCCCUAUAAUUUUUUUUAUUUUAUUUUUUGUUCUUGGUUCUCACGUUACUAUGAAAAUUCAACUCCAAAAACAGAGUAUUUUUUUCCUGUUUUUGGUCUCGAUUUUGUUGCUAUGGACACGGGUCGGAUCCAUCCGCUUCGAUAUGGAGUCGGGUCAAUCCAAAUGUAUAGCCGAAGAUAUUACGAGCAGUUCAAUGACGAUUGGGAAGUACACAAUCAUAAACCCUAAUGAGGGGCAGGAUUUGCCCGAUACCCAUAAAAUCACUGUCCGAGUUCAAUCGACUUAUGAAAAUAUAUUAUAUCACUCUUCGGACCACGUGACUGAAGGGCAAUUCGCAUUCGAAACGGGCGAGGCAGGUGAUUACGUGGCUUGCUUUUUCGUGGCCGAGCAAAAUCCUCCCGUUUCAUUCACCGUGGAUUUUGAUUGGAAAUUCGGUUUUGCGGCUAAGGAUUUGGUCAAUGUUGCGAAGAAAGGUUCGGUUGAAUCAAUGGAAUUGGAAUUGAAGAAUAUGUUGGGUACAGUCCAGUCCAUUCACGAUGAGAUGUUUUAUCUUCACAAAAGGGAAGAAGAAAUGCAGCAACUUAAUGUAUCUACAAACUCGAAAAUGGAAUGGUUAUCAUUACUGUCAAUUCUCAUCUCGGUAUCUGUGGCGGGACUGCAGUUUUGGUACCUGAAAAUAUUUUUUCAGAAGAAGAAGAUUAUUUAAUUUAGUUCUUACAUAUUUCCAUAGUUCUUACAUCUUGUUAACUUGUGGCCAAUUGGGCAUAUUACUUAAUGGAAGUAUAGAUGGAAAUAUUGUCUAUCUUUCUUGGCUGUUCUGUUUUGGCUUUUUAAAUCUUGAAUUGUGUACACAACUCCUGGAUAAAAACUUGAAGUUCAAAAUUUUCUUUUAGUUUUGGCUAUUAGAUGUUGAUAAAAUA